AUGCCGAAGAAUCGUAACAAGAAUAAGAAGGCCGCCUCUGCUGGCAACAGCAAGGGACCCUCGAAAAGACGUGAUCAUGUUAUUGAAAAAUAUGACAUGGAGCAGUCUCAACAGAGACUUCUGAGAGAAGGCUUUCACCCUGCGGUGACGUCCAAGACGCCGGAGCAGGUUGAAAAGGCGUGGCUUGCCAGAGUCGAUCGCCUCAUCGACAGGCCAACCCGCGACGAGUUCGUGGGUCAGAUGGGACCCUCCUCCCAGAGUUCUUAUACUCGAUGCUUGACUACGGCCAUGCUGUUGAUGCGUCACGAGUCCAAAUACGCUCACCCAGUAAAGAAGACCGCCCGCCCGGGUCAAGACUUGUUGGCCACCAUGUUGAGCACCGUCGACAUCGGUGGCGAGAUCGCCAACGCCAUAUUCCAGCAGGGCCGGAGGUCGGUCUUCAACGCCGCCAUCACUUCGUUGGCCACUUGGCACGCCGUUGCACAUUGCGCCAAGACUUGGGACUUCAACGCGUCGGAUGAGAGGACCUUUGGGAGCUCGGGAGUGAUGAUGGCCGUCGCUCCCGAGUGCACAAUCGGGGAGCUGAACAUGGCCAACGACCUUGAUCCCUACGGUAUGGACUCGAGCAAUAUUCUGUCAAGCUGGUACAAAGAAGCCAUGGACUUUGAGCGGGAGAUUUACCUCUCAAUCUACCUGAUCCACGGUCGUCUCGCAGGUACACUUCGCCGCGGCAAGGCAUCCCAGCAAAAGCGACAGGGCCACAAGAUUAUACCGGUCGAGUUUAUGUCUGAUGAAAUCGUAUCGGUCGUCAAGAAAAUCCAGGAAACCAGAUACCUUUGGGGCAGCAGCCAGUUCAUCUCGAGUCCCCAAGGCCAGUUAUUCGAGCCGCCCGUGAUGUUUUCUGCAAACCGGUUGAGAAGAAUGCUCAAAUACAUAUCCGGGCAAAGAACCGCACUUCAAGUCCUUUACUUUGAAAGGAUUCCCCUCCUGGACCGCCGCAUGAUGGCUGUCAUCCUGCGAGGGUGUCCCAACGUGCGCAUGAUUGGCAUUUACGACUGCCCGCUCAUUCACUUUGGUGAUGUCCUGUGUCUCCUAGACCUCAUCCACGAGGUCAAUUGCAAAAGGCGUGAAGCCGGAUUGCCCGAGAUCAAGGGCUUUGACUUUUAUCCCAGGUACAACCAUGGCACACCCUUUCAGUCUGCCAGUUCGGCCACGUACGGCUUGACCUGGGGUCCGCAUAAGCUGGACGUUGUGCAGCGAGGCUUCUUCGACGUUAUCCUCAAGGCUUUCAUGAAGACGAAGAAGAUGAAUCUCGACCUUUUGUUCGACAAAGACGAGGCGUUUUGCGAGUAUCUUGGUCGAGUUCCGCUGCCCCCGCUGGCCGUUCCCACAUUCCUGGAUGCUCUUCACCGGUACAUGGAGGUCAAGGACGGAGGACCGAAGAGAGAGGUGAUUUAUGAUCUCGUGAAGCCGGUGCGGCUUGGCUUGGACCGUCACAUGGACCGCGACUGGCAGAACGGCUACAUGCUCACCCUGGCACAGAAUCUAGUCUUCUGCUCCUCGUGUGGCUACGAAACGUUGGAGGAGUUCUACUCGGCCGCGGCCAGAGAAACGCAGCCUCACCGGAGAGUCUGCGCCGGCUGCACCCUGCAGCGAUGGCUCGACGAAGAGGACGACCAUCUCAAGUCGUACAAGAAACAGGCCCUGGACACGCUGUAUCCCAAGUGGAAGGGUUUGGGCUUCAACCAUGACGCCCCGAUGCCAAGAGCUGCAAAGGCCAUCAUAAAGCUCCGAUGCACGACAUCAGAACGACCCGACACCAACCACACGACCGUGGACGGCGAAGGGGCCAUGUACACGCGCCAGGUCAUGUUGGACCUGCUGCGAGAUAACAAGGUGCACUGGGACUCGUUGGCGGACCUGCCCACGCUUUCUGAGCUCCUGGACGAUGGGAAGACUUGGGGGCAUUUUUACAACAAAUGCAACAACCUCGACGUUUACUGCAGAGCCGUGAGGUGUGCAGCCGAGCAGGGCGAGGGGGGGGAGGAGGGCAAUUCCUUGCGACGGUCGAGGUUCGACGGCGGCGUGCCAGACACCGCUGAGGAGUUGCAGCCGUCCAGCAGCUUGGUGAGAGGCGUACCGUGCCACGACAUUGCUUCCGCAGUCAUGUUUCACGCAGGCCUCACGGCGAAGGGUUGGGGAGCGCGCGAAAAGCCGGCUGGGAAUCUGGGCAAUCUCGGCGUGGUGAAUGGCGCCAACUUUUGGUGA